AGGAAUAAUAAGUAUACAUUUCUAAAUGCUUUACUAAAGAUUAUUAAAUGGCUGCGAUUGAUAAAGUUAAAAUUAUUGUUGUUGGCGAUUCUGGUGUUGGAAAAACCUCAUUAGUACAUUUAAUAUGCCAGCAACAACCUAUUAGUAAUCCUUCAUGGACUAUAGGUUGUUCAAUAGAAGUUAAAUUACAUGAAUACAAACAAGGAACUCCCAAUCAGAGAAGAUAUUUUGUUGAAUUAUGGGAUGUUGGUGGAAGUCAAAAUCAUCAAAACACAAGAUCCGUUUUUUAUAAUCCUACAAAUGGUAUCAUAUUAGUGCAUGAUUUAACAAAUAGAAAAUCACAACAGAAUCUUCAAAAAUGGCUUGAAGAAGUUUUAAGUAAAGAUAAUAAUAUAAAAUCAAAACCAUUUGAUGAUUUUGAUCCUGAAAAAUUUGUAGGAUCUACCCAGAUACCAAUCUUAGUUGUUGGUACAAAAUUGGAUUUAGUUGCAGAAGUAAGAUCAAAUGUCCAUAGAAGGUCUUCCACCAUUGCAGAGGAAUGUGGUGCUGAUGAAAUAUUUUUGGAUUGCCGUCAGGUAAGGUCAUUAGCUGCUGGAUCCAGUUCUUCUGUUAAAUUAAGUAGAUUUUUUGAUAAAGUUAUUGAAAGACGCUAUUACUCGUCGAGAGAAGGAAUUAGCCCAGAUAAACGAAGACCGCCUUUGUAUAGUCCCUCAUAUAGUACAAAAAUUUUCCAUUACGAUUAAAAAUUUGAAAACUUUAUUUUCAAUUCAUAAUUGAAAUAAUGAAAUUUCAUUCUAUAAAUGAAAUCUUUGGUUCAUACAAAAUAUUCAGAUGUAUACAUAUAUGUUUGUACAAAACAUGGUUGAAUUAAAUUACUUUAAUUAAGUUUA